AUGGAAGGGAUGCAUCAAAAGCUACAUGAUGAGGUAUCUGGUGGUAAUUUAAAACGAGUAAAACAGUUGAUCAAACAAGGUGCUGGAAUAAACCAAACAGAUCAAGACGGAUACACAAGUUUACAUGUCGCUGUGCAGAGCAACCAGGUUAACAUCAUUGAAUACCUCAUUAAACGCGGCGCUGACUUGGAAAAGGUGACCACGAAUGGACAAACACCCUUACAUCUUGCUGCAUCGCUCGGACGUCUACAAGCAACACAAGUUAUAAUCAGUCGUGGAGCGAGCAUUAACCAAAAAAAUAAAGAUGGAAAAUCUGCAUGUCACAUUGCUGUAAUUAAGGGUCACCUAGAUGUUGCGCGAUACUUAAUCAGCCAGGGGGGAAAGGCCUACCAUGAGGUCAAUGUUGCAAAAAACUCACUCCUACACAUUGCAGCAAAAUACGGCUCAACGGAUAUAGUGGAAUACCUAAUUGGUCAAGGAAUUCAGGUGAACCAGGAGAAUGAUGAAGGUUCGACUGCAUUGCACAUUGCUGCAAAAAAUGGUCAUAUCGAUGUCACCAAGUAUCUGGUUAGUCAAGGAACGGAAGUGGAGAAAGAAGAUAAUAGAGGAAGAACAUCUUUACAUUGGGCGGUUAAGUUUGGCCAUCUAAAAGUGGUAAAAUAUCUGAUAUCUCAAGGAGCUAAUGUGAAUAAUGGUGAUAAACAAAGUUGGGCCGCAUUGCACCUUGCUGCUGGGGCGGGUCAUCUUGAGGUUGCAAAGCAUCUUAUUCUUCAUAGAGCUGAUGUGAAUAAAAGGAGUGAGAGCGGCAUGACUGCUUUACUCAGUGCUGUUUAUGGGGGUCACGUUGACGUCAGCAAAUAUCUGAUUAGUCAAGGAGCUGAGAUGAAUGUAAAAACUAAUGGAGGUUUCACAGCAUUUCACAUUGCGUUGGAAAGGGGUCAGUUUGGUGUCAUUGAGUAUCUGAUAAGUCAAGGAGUUAGAGUAGAUGAGUAUGAUGGUUCUGGUAACACACCAUUGCACCAUGCUUGUCGACGAGGUGAUAUUGGUCUUACAGAGCACCUAAUCAGUCUUGGGGCUGAUGUGAAUACGCGUAAAAGCAAUGGUUCGACAGCAUUGCAUUUUGCUGUUGAGAUGGGUAACCUCGACAUAACCAAAUAUCUAAUUAGUCAAGGAGCUGAAGUCAAUAACACAGACAGUAGAGGUUGGACGGUAUUGCACAGCGCUGCUGAUGGUGGUUAUCUUCAUUUUGCAGAAUAUCUGAUCGCCCAAGGAGCGGAUGUCCAUAAGGGAAACAAUGCUGGCGAGACUGCAUUACACGUUGCUAGUAAGAAUAGUCAUUUCGAUGUCAUCAAAUACAUGAUAGAGCAAGGAGCCGAUGUGAAUAAGGGAGAUAAUAACGGUCGCACUGUAAUACACUUUACUGCUGAGAAUGGUUUUCUUGGUUAUAUGAAAACUCUGAUACGAUAUAGAGCUGACGUCAAUAUUAGCGACAAUGAGGGUUGGACGGCAUUACACAUUGCUGCUGGAUGUGGCUGGUCUUAUGUUACAGAAUGUCUGAUCGUCAAUGGAGCUGAUGUGCAUAAGAAAAACAAUGCUGGUGAGAAUGCAUUACACAUUGCUGCUAAGAAUGGCAAUCGAGCUGUCAUCAAAUACCUGAUCGCCCAAGGAGCGGAUGUCCAUAAGGGAAACAAUGCUGGCGAGACUGCAUUACACGUUGCUAGUAAGAAUAGUCAUUUCGAUGUCAUCAAAUACAUGAUAGAGCAAGGAGCCGAUGUGAAUAAGGGAGAUAAUAACGGUCGCACUGUAAUACACUUUACUGCUGAGAAUGGUUUUCUUGGUUAUAUGAAAACUCUGAUACGAUAUAGAGCUGACGUCAAUAUUAGCGACAAUGAGGGUUGGACGGCAUUACACAUUGCUGCUGGAUGUGGCUGGUCUUAUGUUACAGAAUGUCUGAUCGUCAAUGGAGCUGAUGUGCAUAAGAAAAACAAUGCUGGUGAGAAUGCAUUACACAUUGCUGCUAAGAAUGGCAAUCGAGCUGUCAUCAAAUACCUGAUAGGCCAAGGAGCCGAUGUAAAUCACAGAGAUAACGACAAUCACACUGCAUUGCAGUCUGCUAAGAUGAAUGGUUUUCAUGAUAUCGUUGAAUAUCUGAUCACCAAAGGAACUGAUGUGAAUAAGGGAAAUAAUGACGGCCAUACUGCAUUGCAAAAUACUGCCGCUAAGAAUGGUCAUCUUGAUGUCACCAAAACUCUCACAAGUCACGAAGCUCAAGUAAAUGGAGACAAUAAUGGCUGGAGUGCCUUACACGCUGCUGCUGAGAGUAGUCAUCUAGAUGUCACCGAACAUGUCAUAAGUGAAGGAGCUCAAGUCAACAAAAAAGACAAUAAAGGUUCGACUGCAUUACACGAUGCUUCUCUUCAAGGUCAUUUAGAUGUCGUUCAUUGUCUGAUUUGGCAAGGAGCUGACGUAAAUACGGGAGACAUCGAUGGCAAUAGAGCUUUACACUUCGCUGCUUUCAGUGGCCAUCUUGAUGUCAUCGUGUAUCUUCUUAACCAAGGCGCUAAAGUAAAUGAAGAAGCUGAGAAUGGGAAUACUGCAUUACACUAUGCUGCUUGGAGAGGUCAUCUAGCUGUCACGAAAUGUCUUAUUAAAUAUGCUAAUCAAGAGGUUGCUGUAUAUGAAAACAUAAAACCUCACGACCUGCCUUCGUAUCAAGAAAGUCAUGCUGGCGUCACCGAGCAUGUUUUGUGCAGUGCAGACGUGAAUAAAGCAAACAAUGAAGGCAGAACUGCCUUACACUUUGCCACAGAAAAAGGCCAUACUGUUGUUGCGGAAUACCUACUUUCUGAAGGAGCUAUCGCGAAUAAAGAAGAUAAUGGUGGCUGUACAGCAUUACAUUUUGCUGUUCAGAAUAGGCAAUUUGGUCAGGUUAAAGUUCUGUUAGAGGGAGGGGCACGUCCUGACGCCGAAGACAUUCACGGACAGACACCUCUACAGCUGUCUCAGUUACUUGGGUACAAAGACAUCACUGAUCUUCUCACCAAUGGUCGCAAUUCAGAGGUGAGCCAGGUUGAAGUACUGGACAUACAACAUGCCAUAGAACACGGUCACUCACCCUCCAUUGAGAAGAUAGUUUCAAGUGGAGCUGAUCUCAAUGCCCAGUCUACUGACGGUCAGACGUGUCUUCACAACGCCAUCAAACUCUGUUACAAGACUGGGGUAACUGUGGAAGGAAGAGCCGCACUAAAAAGGAUUUCGGACGAGUUUUACGAUGGGAAACUAUCUCCUGAGAUGGCCCUCGUGUUUCAUCUCCUGGAGAACGGAGCUAGGAUAGAUGUGGAGGAUGCAGAUGGCAACUUACCGAUCCAGUAUGCCAAGGAUGAGGUGGUCAGACAGAUGAUUUUAUCGAGGUGA